AUGGCACCCGCCGCCGGGCUGAUCCGCUCAGCCGCCGCCCCGGGCGUGGCUCGCGCUCUGCGCGCCGCCUCUUCUGCCGUCCGCCCGCAACCACCACGCGCCCUCGCCGCUGCUGCCGCCGCCGCGUCCUCUCGCAGCUUCACGAACUUCCCUCAGUCCUCGUCGUCGGCCAACGGCUCGCAGCCGAGCAUCUUCGGCUUGCCUGCGGGCUCGAGCAUGGGCGGCGGCUCGACGCCGACGUCGUACUUCCAGCGGCCGUCGCUGCCGGCCAACACGAUCGUGCGGUUCGUGCCGCAGCAGACGGCGUGGAUCGUGGAGCGCAUGGGCAAGUUCAACCGGAUACUGCAACCGGGACUGGCCAUCUUGAUCCCGUUCCUGGACCGGAUAGCGUACGUCAAGAGCUUGAAGGAGGCGGCCAUCGAGAUCCCCAGCCAGAGUGCUAUUACUGCGGAUAACGUGACGUUGGAGCUGGAUGGCGUGUUGUAUACGCGCGUGUUUGACGCGUAUAAGGCUAGUUACGGAGUCGAGGACGCCGAGUACGCCAUCUCGCAGCUAGCGCAGACGACGAUGCGAUCGGAAAUCGGGCAGCUGACGCUGGACCACGUGCUGAAGGAGCGGGCGAACCUGAACGCCAACAUCACGGCGGCGAUCAACGAGGCGGCGCAGGACUGGGGCGUGACGUGCCUGCGGUACGAGAUCCGCGACAUCCACGCGCCCGGUCCCGUGGUGGAGGCGAUGCACCGGCAGGUGACGGCGGAGCGCAGCAAGCGGGCGGAGAUUCUCGAGUCGGAGGGCCAGCGGCAGAGCGCCAUCAACAUCGCCGAGGGCCGCAAGCAGAGCGUCAUCCUGGCGUCGGAGGCGCUCAAGGCGGAGCAGAUCAACAUGGCGAGCGGUGAGGCGGAGGCGAUCCUGCUCAAGGCGAAGGCGACGGCAGCUGGUAUUGAUGCCGUGGCGCGGUCCAUCGAGCAGGGCAAGCACAACGCGCAGAGCGCCGUCAGCCUCAAGGUCGCUGAGCAGUACGUCGACGCCUUCGCUAAGCUGGCCAAGGAGGGCACGUCGGUCGUUGUGCCUGGCAACGUGGGCGACAUCGGCGGCAUGAUCGCUACGGCCAUGUCGGUGUACGGCAAGGUGUCGGAGGGCCAGGCGAAGAACGCGGCGGCCAAGCUGCUGGGUUCGGGCGAGCAGAGGCAGCACUACGAGUCGCCUGCAUCGGAGCGCGCGAAGGAGAUCGAGAGGGAGGCACAGGAGCUGGGGGAGCAGGCUGAUGAUGUGCAGAAGAGCGUGUUGGAGAGCUUCGAGAACACGACGCAGAAGAGGUAA